UUAAUUUUAAGGUGUCCUUGUUACAAUGUAAUUAUACAUUUAAGUACGAGUAAUAUGAAUUAGCUACAUGUAUAUGGAUAUAUAUAUAUAUAUAUUCCAAAAGAUUAUGCAUCUUUGAUGAGUUGCAUAAAUAGUAUAGUAACUACAGUCGCUUUUUCAAGCUUUCUUCGCCGAUUCUUGGAUAGUUUUGAAAUGUCUCGCCGUGUGGCAACGUGCGCAAAAACAAAGUCCGUGAUUGGUCGACUGCACCCCGACGUCAGGAGUCCGUGCGCAGCGUCACGCUUUCGUUUGUUAUAACGUGACCGUUGCAGUCGUUCGGUGGUAAACGGCGGAGAACGCCUGCAGCGUGAUUAUUCGGCGGCUCCGGGACUCCUGAAGCAGCGGUGGAUGAGCGUUAUCUCUUCCGCGUCGGCGGUGUGUUUCUCCACGUCACUCGCGUCGCGUCGCGUCGGUAACCGGAGCUCCGUCAGCCAGUGUUCGGGAGAGCUUCACCGCACAGCGAUGUCAUUGCUGGACUCCGAUGACAGCUACGAUCUCGUCUUCAAGAUAGUUCUUGUCGGAGAUGUCGGUGUCGGUAAGACCUGCGUGGUGCAGCGCUUCAAGACCGGCAUCUUCAUCGAGAAGCAGGGCAACACGAUCGGCGUGGACUUCACCAUGAAGACCCUGGAUAUACACGGCAAGAGAGUGAAGUUACAGAUUUGGGACACAGCCGGACAGGAGCGGUUUCGCACGAUCACACAGAGUUAUUACCGCAGCGCUAAUGGAGCCGUCAUCACUUACGACAUCUCGAAGAGAGCCUCCUUCAUGUCCGUGCCCAAGUGGAUGGAGGACGUGAAGAAAUACGGUGGAUCCAACAUUGUCCCGCUUUUAAUUGGUAAUAAAUCAGACCUGACCGACCUGCGUGAAGUUCCGUUUGAGGAUGCCCAGAGCAUGGCUGUCCAGCUGGAUUGUGUGUGCGCCAUCGAGACGUCAGCCAAGGACUCCAGCAACGUGGAAGAGGCGUUCAACAAAAUGGCCAGCGAGCUCAUUCUGAGACAUGGCGGGCCCAUGUUCACUGAAAAUGUCACAGACAGCUUUAAACUCAACAGCAAGGAUGUGACCAACGAGGGCUGGGGGUGUGGGUGUUGAUGACUGUGUUCAGAAAGCAAUACAAAGCUCUGGUUCUCGUCACUCGCGCGGUUAUAUAAAUUGGGUGCUGUCAGGCAGAUGCAGGGUUUGAAGGAGACGCUGAGGAUGCGUUAGAUGGGCUGUAAAACACCCUCAGAACAGUCGAACUUUAACUGUGAAGACAUUAGGCGUGAUUGCCAAGAACAAAAUUGACACAUAUUUUUUUCAAAUCAUAACCAGACAAAAUUAUUUUCUGAAAAUUUCGGCUUGAAAGGACAAAUAGCACGUUGUGGUAAACCGUAAGAAGCUUCCAGUUAGAAACGGUCUGUCUGUCCACGCGCCGGUCAGAUCUGUGCGGUGACGCGUAGCAGACUUUGGACCAGUGAUCUCUGAACGGGCAGGGCUUCAAAUCUCAGACCGGCCGUGCGUGUCAGCAGAGGUUUACCGUAUGCUUCGGAUGCCUGUAGACCUUAGCCAGCAUAGAUUCCGUAUUUAAUUGAUGCAAAUGAAAACGAGGCUGUGAGGGAUAGACGUAUUUUAUCAUCUGUGUGAUCGACACGCAGUUAUUUCUCAUUCCAGCUGUGUGGCCAGACUGAGGUUCUGCCGCUGGCUUAAUCUUCCUGAUGCUUAUGUAACUGAUCUUUGGUAACAGUGGCUCAACAAUGCUGAAGUCAUUGUCAUCGAUAUUUCUACUUUUUAUAGCUACUCGUGAUUGCAAGAGCAGAGGCCGUGGUGAUAGCAGAACACAGACAUAACAUCACUUCUGUUCCACGGAGGAGUUUCUGUAGAGGUUAUAGGGUUUGUGUCGCUCCCUUUCAUCCGGAUUCAUUCCCCGCUGAUUUUACAGCCAUGAUCCUAAGACAUGUUGCCAAUGUUUUUAACAAGUUUUUUAAGAUUGAAAGAAAUAAUUAAAAAAUGCAACAUUUUUCAGAAUGCAUUUUCAAGCCCAGGUAGCAGCAUCUCUUGUAAACGAGUGGCCGUCUGCAGUAUGUGACAGUGCAGUGUGUUUACUGUCCUCUCCCAACGGCUGCCAAGAUGGGUUUCUUUACACUCUAAUUAUGUACUAUUUUGUGUAAAUGUUUGUGUUUUUUAUAAACUGGACAAUUUAAAAAAAAUUCAGACUGUUCUUGGAACCCUUUUGAACUGAAAUUGUAUUGUAGAUGUCACAUGGGCAUUGAUAUUUUAUACUUUUCAUUCAUUUAUAUAUAUACCACAAAGCCUCGUUCAAUUACAAUGAGAGUAUAAUAAACUAGCUUUUAAACUUGCAAAAAAGCAUUUUCUGAAAAUAUUGUGCCGUGUUUAAUUUGUGACAACAUUGCACUGAUGAGUUAGGAGGAAGGAACAUCAAGUAAGCAUGAGUGACCAGAGCCGGUUUACAUGCAACAGCGUAUUUGUCUGCAAUAUCUUCUUAAGGUUAAGAGCUCAGUUUGGUACGUUUUAUAUAUCAAUGAUUGACACGCAAGUCUUUCAAAUCAAGAUCAAAAUGUAGUAUAUGGUAGGAUGGCAACCUUUAAGAAUGUAGUUUAGGAAAAUUAAUUUCUUUGGUUAUGCAGAAUGAGUGAAAAACAACAGUAUGUGAAAAGUCAGGUGACUUGAAGUUAAAAAUCAUAUCGCAAGAGCAUUCUUCAGAGAAUUUAUAGUGCCUUUUAAUAUUGUAGUUUGUUUUUAAUGUCACUGUGUUAUUACUAUGCAUUUUGUUUUUUGUUUUUUUGGUCAAUCAGUUAAAAGUUUUGAGAAACAUGAUCAAUCUGUAUUUGGUGAUAAAUUAUAUUAUUUUAUCAAUAAAACUUAUCACAUCAUAACCUGUA